AUGGCCAACCUCGGCGUCCCCGUCAAGCUCCUGCACGAGUCCCUCGGACAUGUCGUGACGGUCGAGCUCAAGAGCGGCGAGAUGUACCGGGGCAAGUUGAUGGAGGCCGAAGACUGCCUUAACAUGGCUAUGCGCGACAUCACCGUCACGGCGCGCGACGGGCGCGUGUCCCAGCUCGAGCAGGUGUACAUCCGCGGCAGCAUGGUG